AUGAGUGACGAAGUCGCCCUCAACGACAGGGAGCCAGAACGUGCCAUCGGAGAACUCGAGCUCGAGUUCGACGGAGCAGAGAAGAAGGUCCCACGGGACCUUGAGGCCAUCGAAACGUUCAAGUGUGAUAUGGGUGACGCACGUGUUAAGUUUAUUGAAGCUGUUACCUUGUCACCAAAACUGAACGCCACGAGGUACUCAUGCGCCGUCGGGUGA